UCUUUUAGAUCGUCUCGUUGAUAAUUUGCAUAAAUAUAAAAAAGGUGUAAAAUAGCAUAGCUUGGUUAUGUGCAGCCGACUCAGUUUGACCGACUUUCAUUGUAAAGCUUUAUAAAUUUACAGAAUAAGGAUGUUUAUUGUCACUUCUAAUAGCUUUAUUCGAACCUCCGAGCGGGUCCACUUGUGGUUCAGUUGUUGGUGACCAUCUGACCAGUGACAGUAAAAAGGUCAAGUUGACGCAUAAAUUUUCCCGCCAAUUUUCAAAAAUGUUCGUUUUAUCUGUGGUGUGUUUUUUUGUGGUAGUUGAAGUAGGCUCAGCAAUAAGAUGCUACGACUGCAACAGCGCCAACAAUUCCAUGUGUCUCGACCCCACGAUAUACGACGUGGAGAGCGUACAAAAAUACCUGAAGACCACCAACUGUGAACGGAAGAUCAUGGCCGGACAGCAGAACGACAAAAUGUUCUGCCGGAAAAUUAUACAGACUAUUCUUCACAAAGGCCACGACGCGGAGGUCCGGGUAACUCGCGGCUGCGGCUGGGUGAAGCAUCACCGCGACUGUUACAAGGCUGACAACGAGGACCACCUCGAGACUGUCUGCCAGUGCUUCACGGACGACUGUAACUCAGCGCUGGCUCUCAGCGCUGCGACGGUUUUGCCUAUAAGUCUGCUUGUUAUGUUCGCGCAAUAAAAUGUUUUUUUGGA